UGUGACCCGCUGCCGGGAGCUGUGAGGAGAGCGGGGCGAGCUCGGGAUCCGCGCCAUGGAUGCAGUGACCUAUGAGGAUGUGCAUGUGAACUUCUCUCGGGAAGAGUGGGCUUUGCUGGAUCCUUCCCAGAAGAGUCUCUACAAAGAUAUGAUGCUGGAAACCUACUGGAACCUCACUUGUAUAGGCUACAAAUGGAAAGACAAUACUGAAGAAUAUCCUCAAAGUUCUAGAAGAUGUGGAAGGUAUUUCAACUGUCCUUCUGGAGACAUCCCAUGUGAUCCUGAGGGCUAUGAGAGGAAGCAGUGCACUUCUCUCUUUCCCAGAGCCAUUAGGAGACACGUAGUCAUCCCCACUGUGAGACGACGAGGUGGAUGGGAUACACGCUUACAAGGCGUUGGUUUCCCAGCUCCCGUGGGAACACACCAGAAGACUGACAAUGGGGAAAAGCUCUGCGAACACAAGGAACUUGGGAACUCAUCUGUGUCUCCGGGUUCACUUCGCACAUGUAGUGUGACUCAGUCUGCAGGAAAAGGUUGUGAGUGUCAUCAGUGUGGGAAAGUGCUGAGUUCUUCCAGUUCUCUUCAAAGACAUGGAAAAACUCCUAUGGGAAAGGGAUGUGAUAAAUCUGGGACAUGUAAUACAGGUUUUAACCAACACAGGUAUUUUCACAUAUACAAGGCAGCCUAUAAUGAAGAGGAUUUCUAUGAAGGUAAUCAGUGUGAUAAAAGCUCUUUGCAGUUAUACCAAAGAACUCACUUGGAAAUAAAACCCUAUGAAUAUAAUCAAGGAGAUAAAACCUUUGUGUGUCCCACUUAUCUUCAAAUACAUGAAAGAAUUUAUACUGUAAAGAAACCCUAUAAAUGUAAUCAAUGUGGUAAAGCCUUUGCAUAUAAAAGUCAUUUUCACAAGCAUGAAAGAAUUCACACUGGAGAGAAACCCUAUGAAUGUAGUCACUGUGGUAAAGCCUUUUCAUGUAAUGGUAAUCUACAAAUACAUGGACGAAUUCACACUGGAGAGAAGCCCUAUACAUGUAGUCAGUGUGGUAAAGCCUUUGCAUAUCGCAGCAGUCUUCACAAACAUGAAAGAACUCACACUGGAGAGAAACCUUACGAAUGCACUCAGUGUGGUAAAGCCUUUACAUGUCACAGUACUCUGCAAAUACAUGAAAGAAUUCACACCGGAGAGAAACCCUAUAAAUGCAAUCAGUGUGCUAAAGCCUUUGCACGUAAUAGUCACCUUCAAAUGCAUGAGAGAAUUCAUACUGGAGAGAAACCAUAUACAUGUCAUCAGUGUGGGAAAGCCUUUACAUAUCGCAGUCAUCUUCAAAGACAUGAAAGAAUUCACACCGGAGAGAAACCCUAUGUGUGUAAUCAGUGUGGUAAAGCCUUUGCAUAUCGCAGUAGUCUUCGACUGCAUGAAACAAGUCACACUGGAGAGAAACCUUAUAAAUGUAACCAAUGUGGCAAAGCCUUUGCCUGUCCCAGUUAUCUUCAAAUACAUGAACGAAUUCAUACUGGAGAGAAACCCUUUGAAUGUAAUCAAUGUUGUAAAACCUAUGCGUAUCGUAGUAGUCUUCAUAUGCAUGAAAGAAAUCAUACUGCAAAGAAACCCUUUGAAUGCAAUCAAUGUGGUAAAGCCUUUGCAUGUCUUAGUACUUUUCAAAAGCAUGAAAAACAUCAUAUGGACAAAAAUAUCCCCCAGGAACCUAAUCAGUGAGGUUUCGUCU